AGAGAAAGGAGAGAAAGGGGAAAACAAUGGCAGCAUCGGCCCGCUCCGCGGCCACCGCCGCCAGAUCGGCGCUACGCCGGGCGCCCCUCGCCGGCCCGUCGCUCCCGCACCUGGCGUCCUCUUCCCGCGCCGGACCCGCCGGGAUCCUCCGCAGGUCCGCGGCGGCGUGGCUGGAGACGCGGAUGUCCCUGCACAGCGCGGCGGCAUCGGCGGUGCGCCUUGGAUCCUGUGCCACCCAAGAUGGCAACAAUGCUUUCUCAUGGAACUCUAAGCGCAUGUUCAGUUCAAAUGAAAAACAUCUUCCUGCAAUAUCUGACCCAGAAAUUGAGGCUGCAUUUAAGGAUUUGAUGGCUGCUAGCUGGAAUGAGCUGCCAGAUUCACUUGUUGAUGAAGCAAAGAAAGCAGUAUCUAAAGCUACUGAUGAUAAGGCUGGUCAAGAGGCAUUGGAAAAUGUAUUUCGUGCUGCUGAAGCAUGUGAAGAGUUCAGUGGAGUUUUAGUUACCCUAAGAAUGGCUCUUGAUGAUCUUUGUGGCAUUACGGGAGAGAAUGUGGGCCCCUUGCCUGGCUAUGUAGAAGAAGCUGUUAAAUCUGCAUAUACUCGAUACAUGACAUAUCUGGCAUCCUUUGGUCCUGAAGAGCACCAUCUGCGGAAAAAGGUGGAGACUGAGUUGGGGACGAAAAUGAUACACCUGAAAAUGAGAUGCAGUGGCAUAGGGGCUGAGUGGGGAAAGAUCACCCUGAUUGGCACCUCGGGGAUCUCAGGGUCCUAUGUUGAGCUAAGGGCAUGAGUGAAGCCUGCAGAUCAGAACGGUGGCCGAACACUGACGGGAAACUGUGUAUCAGAACCAGGUGUUCCGUUUUCUUUUAAUUUUCCGAUGUAGCUACAAUUCCAAUAACAAGAUCUUCAAAACAGAUGUGCUCUUAAAGUAACGCUUUUGUACUGUAAUAAGAAUGCAAUCCUGGAGUUUUGGUUU